GCCACUCUGCCACUGGGAAGUAGGCUACGGAAUCGGAAACUGGCGCCCUGGCAACGUGGGCGUGGCAGUACCUCCCCCGCAGUCAUUAGCGGUAUCUAGUACACGAUAACCACGCAAUAAUCGAUGCUCCAACUUGUCUUCUUUAUCAGGUGGCGCACAUGCAAAAAUAUUCCGAGCCCAUCAUCGUGACAAACGAUGAAGUCAGUCUUUAGUCUUCCUCCCGGCAUUACGGCUGCUUAAAAUGGGAACUGCAAACUGGUUAACUAUUAUAAUAGUGGUGACCUCACUGGGUCAGCGAACCUAUGGCCUGGAUUUCGAGGAGUGUGCCAGUGCCCCACAAAUGGGAGUUUACGUGGCCAGCUCCAGCAACUGCUCCAAAUACAUUUACUGUGCCGGUCCAGGUUCCUUCGAGGCCGAGUGCUUGGCCGGUCAUUACUACGAGGAGAAGUUGGAGCGCUGUGUGGAUCGGGAACUGGUGAAGCGGUGUCAGGAUCCCUUGGUUAGCCCCACCAAAUCCCCUCAAGCGGUUAAGAGACCACCCAAUGCAGCCCAGAAGGCGGAGCCACUGUCCAUCACCCUGCGACUCUUGCCCAACGCAGGACCCUGCUAUCCCUAUAUGGUGUGCUACGAAGGAGCGGGCCUGUCAAAAGCCUGUACACCCGCCCACCUGGUGUCCUGCAAUCGGGUGCCUUCCCCGGAGAACUUCACCAACUGCCAGCCGGGUAUUUUUGGAUUUAUGGCACACCCACGGAACUGCGCUUACUUCUACUACUGCUCCAAUGGCACCAAGCUGAUCCACCGAUGUCCUGCGGGCUACACCUGGCACUACGAGCGGAGAUCCUGCGUGCAGCAGUCCGAGAAGAAGUGCUAUUCCGAUAGACUUCGGCUGACGCAACCGAAGUCUGGGAGAAGGUACUUCUAAUGUUAGGAUGUAGAUUUAAUU